AUGAGCGAUAGUGGUGUGCCUCCAAUACCUCGACAUCCGGUGCACGCCCCAGACCAUGACGACAUAGACAUUGAUCCUAAAAUGGCAUCUCAACCUCUCGAUCUGCCACACGGCUCAUGUACUGAAGACAAAUCUGCACCAGGUUCAGAAAGACCCUUCAAUGGCGUCUCUGAAUCCUUGACACCUAGUGUGAAGGACCAACAACAGGCAGGAAAACGUGCGCAAGAGGCUGAUGAGAAAUCUACAUCCUCAGAGGAUGUUCAGACACAGACUCCGAAGAAUGUCUCAUCAUCGAAAAUGAACCUCCCUCGUGAAGUCCUGUUUGUAUUUAUCAUCUGUUCAUCAAAUAUCUUGACCCAAGCGGGUCUGGGAAUGGUCAUUGACCCUCUCAAUAUCAUCGGGCAUAGUUUCGGCUCGCCCAGUCCAGGUCAGCUGUCAUGGUUCGUGGCAGCUUAUUCACUGACUGUCGGUACUUUCAUUCUCAUUGCCGGUCGUCUUGGCGACCUAUUUGGUCACAAGCUUCUGUUCGUUGCCGGCUUCUUCUGGUACGGGCUGUGGUCUUUGGUGGCAGGCUUCACCGUGUAUAGUCGAUCACAGAUCUUCUUCGAUGUUUGCCGCUCCUUGCAGGGUAUUGGACCCGCGAUGAUGGUUCCCAAUUCUCUAGCGCUACUUGGGCGAACAUAUCCGCCAGGUAGAAGGAAGGAGUUCAUAUUUUCAAUCUAUGGAGCUACCGCGCCUAACGGCUUCAUACUGGGAGCAGUUUUCGGUGCACUGCUGGCUCAACUGGCGUGGUGGCCAUGGGAAUUCUGGAUUAUGGCCAUCGCGUGUUUCACCCUAGGUCUCUUUGUCGUGGUACUCGUGCCCUCCCCAGACUCUGAAGGACAUGUUGUCGAAGAUCGCAGCUUUGAUGUGUGGGGAGCGCUAAGUGGAGUCGCAGGGCUUGUGCUGUUCAACGUUGCAUGGAAUCAGGCGCCUAUUGUCGGUUGGAGCUCACCUCAUGUGAUCGUCCUCCUUGUGCUUGGCUUACUCUUCUUUGGAGCCUUCUUCCUCAUCGAGAGGAAAGUUCGCCAGCCUCUGAUUCCGAUCGGCGCUUUGACUGGGAAAGCAGGCUUUGUUCUUGGCUGUAUUGCUGCCGGAUGGUCGAGCUUUGGCAUCUUCGUAUUCUACUUUUUCCAAUUCAUCCAAAAUUUACGACACGUGACUCCUUUAGAAGCUGCUUCACAGGUCGUUCCAGCCGGCCCGGCCGGUAUAUGUGCGGCACUGACGACAGGGUAUAUUCUCAGCCGAGUACCGACUUCAACAGUGAUGUCGAUCUCUAUGCUCGCCUUUUGCAUCGGCAAUAUUCUCCUUGCUACGAUGCCGGUUGGCCAGCGAUACUGGCUGAAUACAUUCAUCUGUCUGCUGAUUAUGCCGUGGGGAAUGGACAUGUCCUUUCCUGCUGCGACUAUCAUCCUCAGUGAUUUGGUGCCUCCAGGCCACCAAGGGAUCGCAGCUUCCCUGGUCGUGACAGUCGUCAAUUAUUCCAUUUCAAUAGGCUUGGGGAUUGCGGGCACGGUCGAGGUGCAUGUCAAUCGAGGCGGGCAGGAUCUUCUAAGAGGCUAUCGUGGGGCGUUCUACGCCGCUAUAGGUCUCAGUGGUCUUGGUUUCAUUUUUGCUCUGUAUUCCGCGCUGAGCGAAUUACGGUUAACGAGGCGAAGUAAACCAGCUUCCAGCGCAUAA